AUGCCUGAACACAGAGACGUCUACAACCCGCUCUUAUUCGAGAUUGCCUGGGAAGUUGCAAACAAAGUGGGCGGCAUCUACACUGUCAUCAAGACAAAAGUACCUGUUACAGUUCGAGAAUUUGGAGAUAGAUAUUGCCUGAUCGGCCCCUUGUCUUACAAGACGGCUCCUAUGGAAGUGGAGGCUCUCGAGCCACCCUCUGGGAUUAUACGGGAAACAUUAGAGGCCAUGUCCGCUCAGGGUGUAAAGUAUCUCUUUGGUCGAUGGCUAGUCGAAGGUGCUCCCUAUGUGCUCUUGUUUGAUACAGGUAGUGUGACCCAUAAGCUGGAUGAAUGGAAAGGAGAUCUCUGGCGAGUGGCAGGCAUCCCUAGUCCUCCAAGCGAUCAAGAGACCAAUGAGGCUAUUCUAUUUGGAUACAUGGUUACCUGGUUCCUUGGCGAAGUAGCAAGCAAGUACAGUGCACAAUCAACCGAAUCUGAACCAAGUCCAGCUAUUAUUGCUCAUUUUCACGAAUGGUUGGCUGGUGUUGCCAUUCCUCUCAUCAAGAAGCGCAAGAUUGACAUCACUACCAUCUUCACAACACAUGCUACUCUUCUGGGUCGUUACUUGUGUGCUGGCUCGGUUGAUUUCUACAACAACCUCCGAGACUUUGAUGUUGAUCACGAGGCCGGUAAGCGUGGUAUCUAUCAUCGUUACUGUAUUGAGCGAGGCGCAGCCCAUUGUUCCGAUGUUUUUACGACUGUCAGUCAUAUCACUGCUUAUGAGAGCGAGCAUUUGCUGAAGCGAAAGCCAGAUGGCGUCUUGCCAAACGGUUUAAACGUAGUAAAAUUCCAAGCUGUCCACGAGUUUCAAAAUAAGCAUGCCCUGAAUAAGGAAAAGAUCAAUGAUUUUGUCAGAGGUCAUUUCUAUGGUCAUUAUGAUUUUGAUCUGGACAACACUGUCUAUCUCUUUACUGCUGGUCGCUACGAGUUCCGUAACAAGGGCGUGGAUAUGUUUGUAGAGGCACUUGGACGUUUGAAUGAUCGUUUGAAAGCAGCCAAAUCAAACACAACUGUUGUGGUGUUCCUCGUCAUGCCUGCUGCAACUCGCUCAUUCAACGUGGAAGCUCUCAAGGGCCAGGCUGUCACCAAGCAGCUUCGUGAAACUGUCAACGAGAUUCAGGAUCGUAUUGGUAAGCGUAUAUUUGAAAGUGCUCUCAAAGGCGAAGAGCUGGAUCCUGCGGAAUUCCUGCAUAGUGAGGAUAGGGUGCUCUUGAAACGUCGAGUAUUUGCGCUGAAGAAUCACAGCCUACCACCUAUUGUCACGCAUAACAUGGUGGAUGAUGGCAUCGACCCUAUCAUCAAUCAAUUGAGACGCCUUCAGCUAUACAACAAAUCGGAUGACCGCGUAAAGACUAUUUUCCACCCUGAAUUCCUAAAUGCUAACAAUCCAUUGCUGGGCCUCGACUAUGAAGAUUUCGUGCGUGGUUGCCACUUGGGUGUCUUUCCAUCUUAUUAUGAGCCUUGGGGAUAUACACCUGCUGAGUGCACAGUGAUGGGUGUGCCGUCUAUUACAACAAACUUAUCUGGUUUUGGGUGCUUUAUGGAUGAAAACAUUGAAAACUGCGAGGACUAUGGUAUUUACAUUGUCGAUCGAAGACUCAAAUCUGUCGAAGAGUCCAUCCAGCAACUGUGCGAGCAAAUGUUUAGAUUCUGCCAAAAGACAAGACGUCAGCGUAUCAAUCAACGUAAUCGUACCGAGAGAUUAUCAGAUCUGCUAGACUGGAAGCGCAUGGGUUUAGAAUACAUUAAAGCACGUCAAUUGGCAUUGCGCCGCGUGUACCCAGAGUCAUUUGUUGACGAUGAUGAUCAAUUAGACCUAGACGCUGUCGUCAAGAAGAUCCCAAAGCCAUUGUCUGCUCCUGCAAGCCCUCGCAUUAGAAACUUGGUAAAUGGCUACUUUAACGGUGACGUCGAGGAAGAGGAAGAGGAAGAAGAACAUCAAAUUCUCAUACCACGAAAGGAGUUUCCCGCCUUGCGCAAAAAGGGAGAUGGGGCCUCAAGAGAGGAAGAGUUACUAAGAGAGGGCGAUAUCAUGACAUUGAACAAGAUGUCUCUUGAGGAGAAGAAACAAAGACAUCAUUAA